CUUCAGAGCCCAAGUCAACAACUCAUUUUUUAGUAAUUUACUACUAUUUACCUGACGAAACCCUCCCAUUCAUUGCGGAGAAUGGCGUCUACAGAAUAUGCCGCGAGGCCUCUUUUUCCCUCAUCCAACCUGCCUACAGCGAGUGUUGUAGUACAGUAUGACCUUGUGUGCAUCGGAUUUGGCCCAGCUCAACUGGCCACUGCCAUCGCAAACCAAGAAACGGAAACGCCGGCAAACAUCCUCUUUCUCGAAAGAAAACCAGCAUUCUCAUGGCACUCAGCUUCCCAUGUCCCGCGAGCGCGGAUGGUAUAUCCAUUCCUCUAUGAUCUGGCAACAACGAGGAACCCGAGAUCGAAAUUUACGUACGUAAAUUAUCUUCUCGCUCAGAACCGGCUCGUGGAAUUUGCAAACUCUGAUCAACUAAACCCAUUGAGAGAGGAGUUUGACGACUAUCUGCGAUGGUGUGCUGUCCAAUUCGAAGCACAGGUCAAAUAUCAAAAUGAAGCUGUUAGUGUGCGGCCAGAAAAGGAGAAUAAUAUCGUCAGGAGUUGGAUUGUAGCUGCCAAAGAUGAAAACGGAAGGAUUUAUGUGGUGAGGACGAAGCGCCUCAUGAUUCCCUCGCCUUCUUCCCUAAGAGAACCCGUAGUUGCUCGUCCUUUGUUAGAUGUUGACUUCUCUGCGGGCCAACGAAUCAUCUCGACGAAGGACUACAUGUCGAGUAGAGAGGCGUUACGGAGCGCUCAUAGUACGCCGCUUGACAUAUCAAUCAUUGGCUCAACCCAUCAUACCAUUGAGAUAUUGGACGACAUCUUGACCUGCCCGCGUCUCGGGAAUGUUACGGUCAUCACGGAUAGCACAUCUCUCGAGCCAUUGAAGGUUCUCAGUGUCGAACCGGCACCACCUCCGCCAAAGUUGUGUUCCAUCUGGGCUCGGCCAUUAUGUCAUAGAAACACUGAUAUUCUGGACUCCUCAGAACUCAUUCAACACAUCUAUGCAUCUGCAUACGAGAAACAGGUUACCAGCAAGGGCAAGUACCGACUGCGUAUAAUUGGAAUCGGCACAGCAAAGCCAGCAGCGCCAUCUUCCGUCAUCAUCUCAGAAAAUCCAGGCCUGAAGAAAUCGGAGAGUGGGCUAUUCCAUGGCAUUGACUCGCUUAUUGUCGGCUGUCGUCAGAAAGGAGAAUGCCUUGAGGAAGUGCAAUUCAAGCGAGGCGCUGUUGCUGAGAGCUGCAGAAUGUGGGUGAUGUCGACUAAUUCGGAGGGCGGGCGAUCCUUGCCGAGGGAUAUUGCUGCAAGAGCCGGCGAGGUGGUGAGCACCCUGAUAGUGGCCGAGGAGCAAGGAGAUACAGGAGUGGUACUGGUCAGUGCAAGGAUGUAAGGAUCCGAUGGGUGAAGAGGAGUC